CUACAAGAACACUUUGUUUCACCUGGGAUGGCACAGUACAGCGACGUGACAAUUGGAGGAUUGUUUCCCGUGAGUUUGUAUGUUAAUAUACCAGAACUUCACUUUCGGGCAAAACCUGACGAGUUACGCUGCACGGGAUUUGAUUUCAGAGCCUUUCGCUGGUUACAGACGAUGAUCUUUACCAUUGGAGAAAUAAACAAGGAGGCGAGAAUUUUGCCCAAUAUCACCCUGGGCUAUAGGGUAUACGACACUUGUGAUAUCUACUCCCUGAGAGCAGCUAUGACAUUUCUCAGUGGUGCUGGAGAGCACAUGUCAAACAGCACGUGCAAAGGGGCAGUGUCUGUUCCAGCAAUAAUCGGUGAAGCCGGAUCGCUUCAGUCCAGUAUCAUUGCCAGCACAACAGGACCGUUCCAGGUUCCCAUUAUCAGUUACUUUGCUACUUGUACCUGUCUAAGUGACAGGCACAGGUAUCCGGCAUUUUUCCGGACAGCCCCCAGCGAUUACUUUCAGACAAAGGCUUUGGCGCAACUUGUGAAACACUUUGGCUGGACUUGGAUUGGAGCUUUUGUCAAUGACGACGAUUACGGGAGAUUUGGGAUUCAGCAAUUCCAAGAACAGGUCACGGAAUUUGGCGCUUGUAUCGCUUUCUCCUACAUUCUGCCCAAGAUUUACAACGCGGCGAAGAUAUCUCAAAUGGUGAACGUUAUAAAAAGAUCUUCGGCCAAGGUCAUUGUUGUAUUUACCCCCGAGAGGGAAAUGCUUCAGUUGAUUGAGGAGGUCGCUCGCCAGAAUGUCACUGGGAUUCAGUGGCUCGCCAGUGAAGCGUGGAUCACUGGGGCUGUGCUUUUCACCGGACGGUUCCUGCCAUAUCUGGAAGGAGCGAUCGGCUUUUCGUUUCGCCGGGCAGAAAUUCCCGGGCUCCGGGAAUUCCUCCUCCGGGUGAAGCCUUCCACACAUGACAGCGACAACUUUGUCAACGUCUUCUGGGAAGAGCUGUUUGCCUGUAAGUUUAAACUGCCCAAAAAUAUCACCGAAAGAGCAACUCUCGGAGUCCGCUUAUGCACAGGUUCAGAGAGCCUGGAAGAUAUCAGUACCAUAUAUUCUGACACCUCACAACUAAGAGUAUCGUACAAUGUGUACAAGGGUGUUUAUGCCAUUGCCCACGCACUGCAUCGUUUAAGCUUAUGUGAAAGUGAUAAAGGACCUUUUAUAAAUAGGAGUUGCGCAAGUAUACACAACUUUGAACCAUGGCAGCUUCUGCAUUACCUGAAGGAAGUCAGAUUCACCGACCAGUUUGGAGGAGAAGUAGGAUUUGAUGAAAAUGGAGAUGCUAUUGCUUCGUAUGACUUGAUUAAUUGGCAAAGAGGUGCCAGUGGUAAUGUUGAAUAUGUCCAAGUUGGUCGUUUUGAUGCGUCUGCAUCCACAGGGCUGGGACUUUCUCUGGAAGAACAUUCUAUUGUCUGGACUGGUGGCAAAACUCAGCCUCCUUGGUCAGCAUGCAGUGAAAGCUGCCCCCGUGGGAUGAGAAAAGCGUCUCGUGAUGGCGAACCUCUUUGUUGCUUUGACUGUGUGCCUUGUGCCGACGGGGAGAUUAGUAAUGAAACAGAUUCAGUGGAGUGCACGAAAUGCUCUUCAGAUGACUGGUCAAAUGCCGACAGGACCAUGUGCAUUCCCAGGGAAAUCGAGUAUCUUUCCUUUGAAGAUGGAACAGGAAUUACAUUUGCGAUAAUUGCACUAUUGGGAGCCUGUCUAACUGUCGCAGUUCUGGCCGUUUUCUUCAGACACAGGGACACCCCUGUCGUAAAAGCGAACAAUUCCGAGUUGAGCUUUCUUCUCCUGAACUCCCUCGUCAUGUGCUUCCUGUGUUCCCUGGCAUUUAUUGGUCGGCCAACGGCCUGGUCCUGUAUGCUGAGGCACACGGCUUUUGGAAUCAUCUUCGUGCUCUGCAUCUCCUGUAUACUUGCUAAAACGGUGGUGGUGCUGAUGGCGUUCAGAGCAACGCUUCCCAACAGCAACGUGAUGAAAUGGUUUGGAGCAACCCAACAGCGGGCUGUGAUCUUUCUCUGUACCUGUGUCCAGGUUGGCAUUUGUGUCACGUGGCUAGUCAGAGCGCCCCCAUUCCCAAUUAAAAAUACCGCUUACCAAAGUGCGAAAACCAUCCUAGAAUGUCAUGUUGGCUCGGUGGUGGCUUUCUACACUGUACUGGCUUACGUUAGCUUCUUGUCUUGUAUCUGUUUUGUGUUGGCCUUUCUAGCAAGGAAAUUGCCCGACAAUUUCAACGAGGCUAAAUUCAUAACUUUCAGCAUGUUGAUUUUUUUCGCAGUGUGGAUAGCCUUUAUACCUGCCUACGUCAGCUCGCCCGGCAUAUACACGGUAGCAGUGGAGAUCUUUGCCAUUUUGUCAUCAAGCUUUGGGCUGCUUCUGUGUAUUUUUGCCCCUAAAUGCUUCAUAAUAUUGCUGAGACCAGAGCAAAACACUAAAAAAAUGCUCAUGAGUAAACAUUAA